AUGGAUCGUCGAACUUACGAAGGUCCUAUGGACUGGGAGUACCAGAACAGCGGCCCUUUUGAUCCCACAAGUCCUUUUACACAUGCAGCAAAAAGUAACUCUCAGAAUGGCAAGUUUACCUUCACCGGCGUCACAGUUGCAGCUGUAGCUUCUACAAUCCGCGAUGUCUGGCAGCUCUUUGCUAACAGGACACCCUCAAAAACGAAACCGCCGCAGUCCUCCUUUACUCCUCAAUUGUCUUCGAGAACUACCGCGCCAGCAUUCCGCAACCCUGCAUUUACAACACCCCGGCGACCUUUUGAUGACGUUGCGCUGUCUGAAGCCUCAGGCGCAGAAGACAGCCCUGCCUUGACAGAAGUUUCUGACUUCCCGAAUGACACUCCUGAAGCGGACCGUAUGAGCGAUAUCAACAUGAGUGGCAUGACGAGUCCCUCUAAGAUCGACAAGUCCUUUCGUUACAGCAAGACUCCUUUCUCAAGCAAAAAGCAUACACCAGGUCGAGGCGAAAUACGAGCGACUCGAGACCUCUCCGUAUCAGAAUUUAUUCGCAAGCGAAAGAGACAUAAUCUUGAUAGAGAUGUCAGCAGCAUAACUCGACAACGAUGGACAGAGUCAGAUUCCGAUUCGGAAGAUAGCAUUGCACCGAGACGAACUCGUGGCAAGAAGAAGACAACAAAGGAAGCCCCGAGGGGUUUCUUGGGAUCUCUGUUGCAUAUGCUGGACGAACACCCUAACGCCCCUGACAAUCUUUACAGAUGGGUCAAGUUGAUAGUGAACUUCUUUCUGGUAUCAGUCUUCGUCUACAUUGGCUGGUCCAUUGUAACCACCGUGAAAACGGACAUCGAAAAUGCAAACGAGAUGGCACGAAUCGAGAUCAUGGGGAAAAUUACGGAAUGCCAAACUCAGUACAGUAUCAACGGAUGUGCUAAGAACGACCGUCCGGCGCUCAGAGUGGCAUGCGAGGAGUGGUCUGAAUGUAUGACACAGAACCCUGAGGCUAUCAUGAGGGUCAAGGUGACUGCCAAGCAAAUCGCAGAGAUCAUCAACGAGUUUUCUGAAGCAAUGAACCUCAAAGCUUGGGGAUUUUUCUUCGCUGUUCUCAUCUUUUGCGCCUUCGCCAACAACUUUUUCUUGGGUGGAUAUGUCAGCAAGCCAGCACCUCCCGUUCAGUCACAACCCGCAGCUCCACCUCACGAUCCAUCCAUGGCCCCUGAGAACGGUCCAGGAUUCAUGUGGGUUCCUGUACAAACACCAAGGAUGCAGCGUCACAUGUUGCUCGACGAUGGUACCGAUACGGACAGUACACCGCCGCCAAAAAUGAAGACGAUUCUUGCGCCUCCAUACACUCCUUCACUGCGUCGGAGUCCAAGCAAGACGGAUCGGGGCCGUAGCCCUGUUAAAAACCGAAGUCCUAGUAAAGGGCGUCGCGAACCGUUUGCGUAG